CUCCCUCCCUUGUCAGAGGAAGAGAGAGAGAGAGAGGCCAUGUCGCCCCCCCUCCCCAGCAAGAGAAGCUCUCCCAUGGAGGAAGUGGAGGAGGAGAGCAAGAGGAGGAAGAUGUCGUUGCGCUCGUCCGAGAAACCAGCCCAAGAAGAACAAGAGGCGGUUGCUUUGAGGCGCCCACACAGCGAGAUCUCCGUCAAGAUGGAUUCCUACGUUCUUGACUGCAACAUCUGCUUCGAGCCCCUCAAAUCACCGAUCUUUCAGUGUGAGGUUGGACAUGUUAUAUGUUCUGUGUGCCUCCCAAAAAUAGGCGAAAACUGUCACAUGUGCUGCAAAGCAACUCGCUAUAGCCGUUGCUUUGCACUUGAGCAAUUUGUCGACGCCAUCAAGGUGCCAUGCUCGAAUGCAAAAUAUGGUUGUGACAAGUUCAUUGCAUACAACCAGAAAGAGAAACAUGAAAACAUGUGUAUACAUGUGCCAUGCUUCUGCCCAGAGAAUGGCUGCUCUUUCAGAGGGUCAACAGCAUCACUUUUAGAUCACUUAAUCACCAAGCAUGAAUGGUCACCUACCAAUUUUCAGUACAACAAACCACAGAAGAUUUCCAUGGCACAAGACCGUCAAUAUGUUCUCUUUGUCGGGGAAGACUUGUCGAUGUUCCUCCUAGCGAACAUUUUGACUGACAUCGGCAAUGCUCUCACCAUGGUCUGCAUCGGGUCUCACGAUUCUGGUCCAAGUUAUUCAUCCAAGAUCUCAGCUGUUGACCGUGUUGCCCGUGAGAAAGGCACGUUUGUGUUUCAGAUGGAUCCUCUUGUGGCAAGCAGUUCACUGUUGGGUGGAGUUCGAUUGGGCAAAUUCUUUCUAUUAGUCCCUCCAGAACUAGUUGAUGAGUCAACACACGAGCUCACCGUAAAUGUUCGAAUUGACAAGAUCAAGCCCUGAUCUGAUCACUUGGCUAUCUUGACAAGCAAUGGUGUCUUGAGAUUUUUGGGCUUCAUAUGGAUCCUGAAGGUAACAUCACAAAAAUGAGAUAGAAAAGCUGAAUUGCUGAGCAUACGAUUAGAGUCAUUCUGUAGCUGUUGCUGUGCCUGAUGUUAGAGAUAGUUAUAACUCGUGAUGGUUGAAUAACCUCUCUACUUUUUUGUACCUGACCAGUAGUAUCUCACAACUCUAUAUUAUAUAUAUCGGCUUUUGUAGCGAGCAUUCUUCAGUGUGGUCUAAUGGUACCAAUUGACAACUGGAUGUUGAACUCUUUUUUAGAAAUGUCUGCUGCUACCAUUGGGCUGUUCUAUGACCAUUAUUUCGAUGUUACAUUUGAAAUUGUU